AUGGAUAUCAUUCUAAUACGAGUGUGCCAGGAAACCGAGUAUUUCAGCGAGAUGAAAUGCUUGAAAAUGGGAAGCAGUAUUAUAGAUCGGAAGAGCAAGCUAUUCAAAUGCUCUCCGUACUUGGACGAAGUGAGCAUACUGCGCGUCAAGGGAAGAAUCGACGUAAUAGAAGGAGUCGAAGUAAACCUAAAGCGACCCAUAAUCCUACCAAGAAGACAUCGAUUUACAUAUCUGCUGGUUGAGUCGUAUCAUCGCCGGUACCAUCAUCUGUACGACGAGAUCGUGGUCAAUGAACUACGGCAAAAGUUCCUGAUAUUUGGUCUGAGAGCCUUGGUGAGAGAGGUUUCUCAAACUUGUCCAGCAUGCCGGAUGAGGCGCGCGCGUCCUAGGCCUCCAGAAAUGGGAAGUCUACCGCGCGAGCGUUUGGCGCACCACAUGGCGCCGUUCACCUAUACAGGAGUGGAUUACUUUGGGCCCAUCGACAUCAUCGUUGGACGACGGCACGAGAAGCGCUGGGGUGUUCUGUUCACAUGCCUCACAAUUCGUGCCGUACACCUGGAUAUCGCAACAUCACUGUCAACCGACUCUUUUCAUUGUAUUCUAAAGGCAUUUAUAGCGAGACGUGGUUGCCCGCGACGAAUGAUGUCCGAUAAUGGAACUAACUUCCGAGGUGCGAGUAGAGUGUUAAAAGAUGAAGUGGAGCGUAUAUCGACCAGGGAUGUGGAGACCAAAUACCCAGAAAUGGAGUUCAUGUUCAUUCCGCCAGGCUCACCGCACAUGGGCGGUGCAUGGGAAAGAUUGGUACGCUCAACAAAGUCCAUUCUAACGGAGAUCUUGCCGCCUGGUGGAUUGCGAGAAGAAGUGCUUCGUGCUGCGUUGGCUGAUGUGGAGGGUAUUCUCAACUCACGCCCACUCACAUAUGUACCACUGGAAUCGGCAGACUCAGAAGCGCUUACACCGAACCAUUUCCUCUUGGGCCACUCUAGUGGAAUUCGUGAACGAGACAGCGAAAUUCAAAACGGUGACAAGCUUGCCAAAGGAUUCAGAAUUUCGAGCCAGUUAGCCGAUCAGUUCUGGAAAAGAUGGAUUCGAGAAUAUCUGCCAACGCUUACGCGCCGUACCAAAUGGUUCCAUCCGCCGCCAGAUUCGAUCGCCGUGAAUGACAUUGUUGUUAUCGCAGAUGAGAAUGGCAAACGAAACAGCUGGCCCAAAGGAGUUGUGGUAGAUGUUCACCGAUCGAGAGACGGUCAGGUAAGGAGUGCCGUUGUGCGCACUCCAGAAGGUAUUAUGACUCGCCCCGCCGUAAAGCUAGCCAAAUUAGAUUUGAAAAUUGGUAAUACACAACGCGAAUGCUAG